AUGAAGCACAAGCUUGUCGCUCGCCAAAACAACGCCGCGAACACCCCACUCGUUGUGACAAACAACUGCGCCGAAACUGUCUAUCCCGGCAUUGCCACUCAACAUGGCGUCGCUCCUGGGCAGACUGGCUUUGAACUCACUUCCGGAUCGACCGUCUCACAAAGCGUCUCGGAAGACUGGCAAGGACGUAUAUGGGGCAGAACGAACUGCAGCUUCAACGCACAAGGCAGAUCGAAUGGCGGUGGUCCAGCUUGCACUACAGGAGACUGCAACGGCGUAAUACCUUGCCAAGCAGCGGGUGCUAUUCCAGUGACGCUGGCCGAGUUCACUCUGGAUGCUGGCGACGGUCAGACUUACUACGACAUUUCUCUAGUCGAUGGGUACAAUCUGCCAUUGGCUAUUGUCCUUGUUCCUCACGGCAACUCUUCGUUGGACGACAUUCCCCCAAAUCUUACCAACCCGUCCUGCGAAGGCACAGGCUCUUUGCUUGCUCCAUCCAACUUCAACCCUUACGGCAGUGGGACCUUCCUUGGCACCAAUUCUUCGUACCCUUUGCCAUUCGAGACGAAGGUCACCACAAGUAAUGCUAAUCAGUGGUGCCCUUGGGACCUCCAAGUCGACGCCCCCUCGAAGCCCGGAGACAAUGUAUAUCCUUAUCCCGACGGAAACAUCCAAAGACCUGCAUUCGAUCCUUGCUUCUCUGCUUGCGCAAAGUACAACUCGGACCAGUACUGCUGCCUUGGCAAAUACAACGGGCCAGAUCAAUGCAGCCCCAACUAUUACGCCAAAGCAGCAAAGACAAUGUGUCCUGAUGCAUACAGCUUUGCUUAUGAUGACCAGUCGUCUACCUUCAUCAUCCCAUCAGGAGCUGGUGUCGAGGUUGUUUUCUGUCCAGGCGGUAGGAGUACAGUCAUUCUCUCUACAAAGGCAGCACAGCUUCGCGAGCUGGCCAAUACAGGCUCCGUGUCAAGCUCAAGCGGCUCAAAUUCCACAGCUUCCAGCUUCGCGAUCCCGAAUCUUGAUGCUCGACCAUGGUACACUUGUUUGGUUUUCGUCGUGGGCUUCCUCUGGUACUGA